UUGUGCUCAGAACAUCUCUUCUCCAUUCAGCACUGCACUUGUGCUCAGAACAUCUCUUCUCCAUUCUGUACUGCCCUUGUGCUCCACUGUGUUGUGCCAUGUGUGUUGCCAGAGUUUCGUCUGAGUGUUGCAAUGGCAGAGCUGGUGGUCUCCAUGGCGAUCGGGCCACUGGUGUCCAUACUGAAGGACAAGGCAUCCAGCUACCUCCUGGACCAGUACAAGGUAAUGGAGGGAAUGGAGGAGCAGCACAAGAUUCUCAAACGCCAGCUUCCAGCCAUCCUCGACGUCAUCACCGAUGCUGAGGAGCAGGCGACGGCCCACAGAGAAGGGGCGAAAGCCUUGCUACAGGAGCUCAAGACAUUCGCCUAUGAAGGCAAAUGAAGUCUUCGAUGAAUUCAAGUACGAAGCACUUCGCUGUGAAGCCAAGAAGAAUGGGCAUUAUACCAAGCUUGGCUUUGAUGUAAUCAAACUUUUCCCUACCCACAACUGUGUUGUGUUCCAUCAAAGAAUGGGUAGCGGGCUUUGCCAACCUGUGCAGGCCAUUGAUGUCCUCAUUGCGGAGAUGCGGGUCUUUGGGUUCAAGUACCAACCACAGCCACCAGUCUCCAAGCAGUGGAGGCAGACAGAUUAUGUUAUCAUGGACCCACAAGAAAUUGCUAGCAGAUCCAGAGACAAAGAUAAGAAGAAGAUUGUUGAUGUAUUACUUGGUCAAGCUACCAAUGCAGAUCUUGCAGUUGUUCCCAUCGUUGGAAUGGGGGGUCUUGGCAAGACCACAUUGGCACAACUCAUCUACAAUGAACCUAGAAUUCAGAGGCAUUUCGAGUUGCUGGUCUGGGUCUGUGUAUCUGAUACCUUUGAUGUGAACUCCCUAGCUAAGAGUAUAGUUGAAGCAUCUCCCAAUAAGAAUCAUGAUACAGAUAAACCAGCACUAGAUAGACUUCAACGGUUGGUCAACGGGCAGAGGUAUCUGCUUGUAUUGGAUGAUAUCUGGAAUAACAAAGAGUUUCAUAGGUGGGAAAUGCUGAAGGUCUGUCUUCGGCAUGGUGGCAUGGGUAGUGCAGUGUUGACAACAACUCGUGAUAAACGAGUUGCUGAAAUUAUGGGUGCAACAGACUACAAUCUCAAUGUUUUGGAGGAUUGCUUCAUAAAGAAAAUUAUUGAAGCUAGAGCAUUCAGUUCGGACAAAGGAAAGCCUGCUGAACUCGUCGAGAUGGUUGAUGAGAUUGUGAAGAGAUGUUUUGGCUGUCCAUUAGCUGCAACAGCACUUGGCUCUGUACUUGGUACCAAGACCAACGUGAAUGAAUGGAGAGUUGUAUCAACUAGAAGCAGCAUUUGUGCCGAGGAAACAUGAAUUUUGCCAAUACUAAAGCUCAGCUACAAUGACUUGCCACCACAUAUGAAGCAGUGCUUUGCUUUUUGUGCCAUAUUUCCCAAGGAUUACAAGAUUGAUGUGGAGAAGCUGGUUCGACUAUGGAUUGCAAAUGGCUUUAUCCCAGAACACAAGGAAUAUAGUCUUGAAACCACUGGAAAACAUAUUUUCAGUGGGCUGGCCUCAAGGUCAUUCUUUCUGGACAUAGAGGAAAGUAAGCAAUCAAGGGGGUAUUAUUCAACUACAUGCAAAAUCUAUGAUCUUAUGCAUGAUAUUGCGAUGUCUGUUAUGGAAAAGGAAUGUGUUGUUGCAACUAUGGAACCAACUCAAACCGAUUGGCUUCCUGAUUCUGCUCGACAUUUGUUUUUGUCAUAUCAAGGAACAGAAGUUAUUUUGAAUGGUUCUGUGGAGAAAAGAUCCCCUGCUAUCCAAACCUUGCUAUGCGAUAGUUCUGUGCGAAGCUCAUUGCAACAUCUAUCAAAAUACAAAUCUUUGCAUGCAUUGAAGCUAUGUAUUGGGACAUAAUCAUUUCUACUGAAACCAAAGUAUCUGCAUCACCUGAGGUACAUUGAUCUCUCCAACAGUUAUAUCGAAGCACUUUCUGAAGAUAUCAGUAUUCUAUAUAACCUGCAAACAUUGGACCUUUCCAACUGUCGCUAUCUUGAUCGACUUCCAAGGCAAAUGAAAUAUAUGACAUCUCUCUGUCACCUCUAUACUCACGGAUGUCCGAAGUUGAAGAGCAUGCCUCCAGAGCUAGGAGAACUCACUGGCCUGCAGACACUUACAUGUUUCGUAGCAGCAGUUACGAACACCAAUUGCAGCGAUGUUGCAGAACUUCAGGGUUUAAACCUUGGUGGUUAGCUAGAGCUACGUCAGGUAGAGAAUGUUGAAAAAGCAGAAGCAAAAGUGGCAAAUCUCGGGAAAAAGAAGGAUCUUAGAGAACUGACAUUAAGAUGGACUUCUGUUUCUGAUAGCAAGGUGCUUGACAAUUUUGAGCCUCAUGAUGGGCUUCAGAUUAUGAAGAUAUAUUUCUAUGGAGGGAAGUGCCUGGGUAUGUUACAAAACAUGGUUGAGAUCCAUCUUUCUCAUUGUGAAAGAUUGCAAUUUUUUGUUCAGAUGUGGUACAUCCUUCACUUUUACUAAACUGAAGGUGCUUACACUAGAGCAUCUGUUGGAUUUUGAGAGAUGGUGGGAAAUAAAUGAGAGGCAAGAAGAACAGAUAAUAUUUCCUCUGCUUGAGAAGUUGUUUAUUCGGCAUUGUGGAAAGUUGGUAGCAUUACCUGAAGCACCAUUGCUUGAAGAACCAUGUCGUGGAGGUAAUAGAUUGGUAUGUACACCAUUUUCUCUGCUUGAAAACUUGUUUAUUUGGUAUUGUGGAAACCUGGUAGCACUGCGUGAAUCACAGUUUGUUCAAGAACCAUCUAGUGGAAGUUAUAGAUCAGUACACUCUGCUUUUCCUGCUCUAAAGGUACUUCAUUUGAAAGACAUGG